GGAAAAUUCAAUAAAUAAAACACAUGGUGCCUCGCAUGAACAUCCUUGUUGACGACGCCAGCCGACGGUGGCAGUGCUGCUUUCAACAUGGUCGUGGAGUCGGAAGCACUGCUCAAGCAGGCGACCGGCAAUGCGUCGUACCAGACGCAGAAGCAAACUCUUCCUGUCGUCGAUGGGUCCUGGAAGCGCACCGAACCGAGGCAAGCUCCCGACGCUGCAACGUACCUGUUCAAGUACAUCAUCUUUGCGCAGAUUUUCGUCUACAUGGAAGCUGGCGUGGUGCCCGCCGUGCUCUUGGAGUUCACUGAAGCGUUCGAGUUGACGCCGCAGGAUCAAGGCCUCCUUGGCGCGAUUGUGUACAUUGCGUUGUCCCUUGGCUCGCCCAUCUGCGGGUAUUUGUUUCGCCACUACUCACCACGCAUCGUCCUCGGAUGCAGUCUUGUCGUGAACAAUCUCUUUGUACUCGCGUUUGCCUUUACGCCCGUCGGUGGUUGGUUCUCGCGGCCACUCCUCAUCAUCUUGCGGGGCGCGAUCGGGUUCACCCAGACCUGCCUCUGUGUGUAUGCCCCGCUCUGGGUCCAUGACUACGCCCCAAAAUCCCAGAGGGCCAGCUGGAUGAGCUACCUCCAAGGUGCCGUUCCCAUUGGUGUCACGCUGGGCUACCUCAUGGGUUCGGUGACUGUUUGGGUUGGACAGAGCUACGCCAGCUGCUUCAAUCUGUUCUGUUGGCGAUGGCCGUUCCUCGCCCAAGUGGUCAUCGUGAUGCCGCUGGCGGUGGGGGUCUUCUUUGUCCCGGAGGCUCACAUUCGCAUGCGUGUGCCGCGUCAGCGAUCUAUUCCAUUCGUGGCCGAAGCGUUGGAUGAUGUCAAGGGACUCGCCAUCGACCAGGACAGCGACGAUGAUGUCGAUAUCAACAGCAACUGGCACAACGUCGGCAUUUUGUUGCGCACGCCCGUGUUCACGUCAGUGGUGCUUGGGUUGUCGGCGCUAUUCUUCGUUGUGACGGGGGUGCAAUACUGGACCACGCUGUUCCUGACAACAAACACGACCGACUCGGCCUACACGAUCCAUUUGAACUACCUCAUUGUGAGCGGCACUGGGCCGAUCUUGGGGGUGUUUUUCGGCGGCAAGCUCGUCGACUACUUUGGAGGGUACACCGGCGCCCGCCAAGAAGCCAAAGCACUCAAGAUCUGCAUGAUCAUGGGGUUCCUUGGCGUGUUGGCGUCUCUCCCAAUCUCGUUUCUCUCCAACACUUACUUGAUUGCGAUCUUGCUGUGGAUCAUGCUCUUCUGCGGCGCGUCGCUCCUCCCGUCCUGCUCGGGGAUCGUCAUUUCCUGCGCGCCGAAGCACCUGCGGCCGCUCGCGUCGUCGGUUGCCAACACGAGCUACAACUUUCUUGGGUACGCUGCGUCCAACUACAUCCCCGGUCUUGUCAUGGACUUCAUCUUGUCCAACACCCCCGUCGAACUCGGCUGGUCUUGCAACGAAGCUUGCACGUACCGAACGGGGUUCCGCAUCGUGACGUGGUGGACCGUGUUCGCGUUCGUCUGUCUUACUGUCGGAUACGUCGUCUCUGCGCGCAAGGCCAAGUUCUCCACCGGAACGAGCUCCAUUUCGCCGUGAGCGCCCUCUCCACCAUGACCUGCGACCCCUUCCCAUGUACUGGAUGCACCAACCCGAACCAACAUAGUACCAGCGAAUCGAGAAUAACGUUGUUUAACGCACUUAGGUUUUAUCUCACCUUCAAGGCAGUUAGGUUGGGUUGAACGACUUAAAACCAACGACCGUAAUUUAACGUCGCCUUCAG